UCCCGUCAGUUUCAGUUUCUCAGGUGCCGUGGUGAGCGUUGGACGUGUAUAUCGGAAUACGGACGGUUCAUUCGUUACGAGUUGUGUUCGACCGGUGAUUGUGAGCUCGAGGAGCACUAUACUACUGAGCUUAAGGGUAUUGGUUUGGGUGUUCGUGCCAAAUCAUUCCACCAUAUCAAAACCCCUUUGCGCUCUAUCCAGCCGCUAGAACGAUUCGCCGUGUAUUCGAGACAUCCCGAUAACCGAUUUUGGAGGAAAAAGUGUCAGGGACCGUUUAAUUGGGUGGGGAAUCCGGUUUUCGCAGAAUAAGGUUUCGUCUACACCUGCAGGACGUGCGGCGCGGUAUAGUUGUCUACGUGGUCGGGAAAGGCGGACGUGCAUAAUCAUGGCUGGUUCAAAUCCAUUCCAAAACCUCCAGAAGGAACUCAACGUCAAUGGCGAAACCUUUCACUACUUUGACAUCGCAUCGUUCGAGGAGUUCAAGGAACUACCCUACAGCAUCCGGGUACUGCUGGAAUCGGCCGUCCGCAACUGCGACAACUUCCAGGUCCUCGAGAAGGAUGUCCGUGGAAUCCUGAGCUGGAAGUCGACCAAGUCGGUCAAAACCGACACCGAGCUGGAGAUUCCGUUCAAGCCGGCGCGUGUCAUUCUGCAGGAUUUCACCGGCGUUCCGGCGGUGGUCGACUUUGCCGCCAUGCGUGAUGCCGUCCUGAAGCUGGGUGGAGACCCGGACAAGAUCAACCCGAUCUGCCCGUCGGACCUGGUGAUUGACCACUCGGUGCAGGUGGACUUUGCCCGGGCGCCGGAUGCCCUGACCAAGAAUCAGGAUCUGGAAUUCGAGCGGAACAAGGAGAGGUUCACCUUCCUGAAGUGGGGUGCCAAAGCGUUCAACAAUAUGUUGAUCAUUCCACCUGGUUCGGGUAUCGUUCAUCAGGUGAAUUUGGAAUAUUUGGCUCGGGUGGUAUUUCAGGAUGAUAGCAAAUCGAAGGAUGGAGUUAAGAUGCUGUAUCCGGAUAGCGUCGUUGGUACCGAUUCUCAUACGACCAUGAUCAACGGAUUGGGAGUUGUUGGUUGGGGCGUUGGAGGUAUUGAAGCCGAGGCAGUCAUGCUGGGACAAGCAAUCUCUAUGUUGCUUCCGGAGGUCAUCGGUUACAAGCUAGUUGGAAAACUGAAUCCCCUGGUUACUUCAACGGAUUUGGUGUUGACCAUCACCAAGCAUUUGCGACAGAUCGGCGUUGUUGGCAAGUUUGUCGAGUUCUUUGGCCCUGGUGUCAGCGAGUUGUCGAUUGCUGAUCGUGCGACGAUCAGCAACAUGUGUCCUGAGUAUGGAGCUACGGUUGGAUACUUCCCGAUCGACCAGAACGCUUUGGAUUAUCUCCGACAGACGAACCGUGCCGAUGAUAAGGUUCAGGUUAUUGAGGCUUACCUCAAAGCCACCACUCAGCUGCGUAACUUCAGCGAUGCUUCGCAAGAUCCAGUGUUCACCCAGAUCGUUGAGCUGGACUUGAACUCAGUGGUGACCUCGGUUUCAGGACCGAAGCGUCCGCAUGAUCGCGUGUCUGUCAGUGAAAUGCAGAAGGACUUCCGAGAAUGUCUGACUAACAAAGUUGGCUUCAAGGGAUUCGCCGUUCCAGACGCGGAACUUUUGGCUGAAGGAUCGUUCAGCUGGACCGACGGAAAGACCUAUUCUCUUAAGCACGGUUCGGUUGUCAUUGCAGCAAUUACGUCAUGUACCAACACCAGCAAUCCUUCGGUAAUGUUGGGAGCUGGAUUGUUGGCCAAGAAGGCUGUGGCCGCUGGACUGAAGGUUGCUCCGUACAUCAAGACAUCGCUUUCCCCAGGAAGUGGUGUUGUCACGUACUACUUGAAGGAGUCGGGAGUCGUUCCGGCUCUGGAGGAACUUGGUUUCCACGUCGUCGGUUACGGUUGUAUGACUUGCAUCGGAAACUCCGGCCCGUUGGAUGACAAUAUCGCUAACACCAUCGAAAAGAACAACCUGGUCUGUUGCGGUGUUCUAUCCGGCAAUAGGAACUUCGAAGGACGCAUCCACCCGAAUACUCGUGCCAACUAUCUUGCCAGUCCUCUGCUCGUGAUCGCCUACGCCCUAGCUGGAACUGUGGAUAUUGACUUCGAGAAGGAACCGAUUGGAACUAGCCCUGAUGGUAGCAAGGUCUUCCUGCGUGAUAUCUGGCCAACCCGUCAGGAGAUCCAAGCCGUUGAGAAGCAGCAUGUCAUUCCGGCUAUGUUCCGCGAUGUGUACGCUAAGGUAGAGAUGGGAUCUCCGUCUUGGCAGGGAUUGAACGCCCCAACGGGUAAACUCUACCCAUGGGACGAUGUCUCCACUUACAUCAAGCAUCCACCAUUCUUCGAGGGAAUGACUCGCGAUCUGCCCACGCUGGGUAACAUUGUCAACGCACGUGCUUUGCUGAACUUGGGCGAUUCAGUGACCACCGACCACAUCUCCCCUGCGGGUUCUAUUGCCCGGAACAGCCCGGCUGCUCGGUACCUGUCGUCGCGAGGUCUAACUCCACGUGAAUUCAAUUCGUACGGCUCUCGCCGUGGAAAUGAUGCCGUGAUGGCUCGCGGAACUUUCGCCAACAUUCGUCUGGUGAAUAAGCUGGUCUCCGGCCCUGGACCACGCACUCUGCACAUUCCCAGCGGUGAAGAAAUGGAUGUCUUUGACUGCGCUGAGCGCUACGUCAAUGAGGGAACUCCGUUGAUCGCGAUCGUUGGUAAGGAUUACGGUAGCGGAUCGAGUCGCGAUUGGGCCGCCAAGGGACCAUACUUGCUGGGAAUUAAGGCCGUUAUCGCCGAAUCAUAUGAACGUAUUCACCGCUCAAACUUGGUUGGAAUGGCAAUCGUGCCGCUGCAAUAUCUGGAAGGACAAAAUGCCGAUAGCGUGGGGCUGACUGGCAAGGAACUGUUCAGCAUUGCUUUCCCGGAGAAUUUGAAGCCCCACGAUAAGAUCACGGUGGAAACGGAUACGGGCAUCAAGUUCCAGGUCAUUGUACGGUUCGAUACCGAGGUAGACCUCGAGUACUACCGCAAUGGAGGAAUUCUGAACUACAUGAUUAGGAAGAUGAUUUCCUAAGGAAACGGUUUGUUUUAGAUUGUAGACAACGUGUAACGUUAUGAUAUUCCUUAGUAAAAGUUUUCUUAUUGGAAAAGGCUUUGCGUUAAAGAGAGUACAGUGGGAUUAUUGAUUUACAUAUUUUUAAAAUGUCUAAAUAAACUAGAACUUUCGUA